AUGAGCAAAAUCACCAUACCUUGGAUUCCUAUAACAUUCACAGUAACACCUAUGAUAGGUGGUUUCAUUGGAGGUAUUUUUGUUCGCAAAAACAUCAAAGGAUGGUACGAGACAUUGAAUCGACCAUCCUGGAGACCUCCAAAUUAUAUGUUUGGUCCAGUUUGGACUACUUUGUAUUUAGGAAUGGGAUAUGCCUCAUACAUGGUAUACCGUAGUGGGGGUGGAUUUUUCGGUGCAGCAAAAAUUCCUUUGGCAUUGUACGCAUCACAAUUGGUUUUGAAUUGGGCAUGGUCACCUUUGUUCUUUGAGUUUCAUCAGUUAAAAUGGAGUUUAGUUGAAAUUUGUGUAUUGUGGACAAACGUAGCUGGCUGCAUUGUAACAUUUCAUCAAAUAAACAAAGUGGCUAGUUAUUUAAUGAUUCCGUACUUAGGUUGGUUGUCGUUAGCAACAGCAUUGACGUAUAACAUAUAUAAAAAUAACCCCGAAAUAUCAGACAAAGUUAAUGGUGAAUAA